AGACGGCGCUCGAGCUGAGUUUUACAGGAACCUCAGUGCAGAGAAGACGUUCAUUUUAAAUAGGAGAACUUGCUUUUUGUUGUUUUGUUCGUUUCUUUCUUUCUUUUCUUACUUGUGUGGCGACGGUUCACUUCGAGUACAAUAAGACGCGUGUAAUGUAAUUUUCAUUCAGAAUUAGGUAGUAAUGAGUUUAAACAGUUGGUUGUUAAGUUACUGUGAGCUCAGGAAUAACAGUGUAGUAGUUAUGUGAGGAUUAUGCUAUGAGUGAUGUGAUGAUGGCAGUAUGGCAAACUCGAGCCCUAAUUUUACCUCUGCUUACACUACACAUCGCCUGGCUCUUUCCUCACGCCUCGUUUGGAGUGUCUGUCAAGUGCUGGUGGCGUAGGGUUUCAUCUGUCAGCCACAAUGUGUCAAUCGAGUGCCAGGCAGAUCCUCAGGGCUCCCCGCUGGAGUGUGACUUGUGUCAUCUGAACGUGCUUCCUCUUACACCAGCAGCACACGUCUCACAGACUGGGUGUAACCACAUGAGCGUAAGCUUCAGCGCACUUACAGAUGUGCAUGAAAUGCAGAACACAGACUGCACGCUGCUCUGUCCAGGACACAUUCCAGGACACACACCUUUGUCCUGUAUGGUACAUGAAGGCUAUCCUCCUCCCACCUGCUUAAUUCCAUUUAAUGAUGAACAGAGAAAUAUCCAUUGCCACUGGACUAGGUCACUUAAUCCCUUGAUCCCAACCAACUUCACCCUGCACUGGAGAGUUGAAAGUCAUGGGUCCAGUGGCUCUGUAGACGUUGGGGAGAGUGACGGCGGCAUUAUUCCACGUGCUGAAUACUCAGCUCAUGAACACAUUAAUGUGUGGGUUUCUGAAGUGAACACAUUGGGCAAAAUUGAUUCAGAAACUCUCAUAACCAACACACACAGUAUCAUCCAGCCAGCCCUUCCUUCCAUCACCAUCCAAAGUUCUGACCCUUUGGAGAUUUCUUGGCAUGUGCCCAAUGAAGCAGAAUACACCGAAUGGCAGUGUAAGGUCCAAUAUAAGAAGCAGUGUGACCAGGAGUGGACAGAGGUUGAAGACACUUAUGAGGUGGGUUUUAUAUUAGAAGAGGCUGUGCCAUUCACCACAUACAAGUUCCGUGUUCGCUGUAGGUGUGCUUCUGACACGAGAGCAGUGAUGAGUGCCUGGAGCUCAGAGUACACUGCUGAAACUCCUGCUGCAGCUCCUGAGGGAAUUCUUGAUGUUUGGAGUGACUGUGAUUCUGCUACAGAUGAAUCCAGCUGCACCAUCCUAUGGAAGGAGAUGCCCAAGCAGCAGGCAAGAGGUGACAUCAACAGCUAUAUGGUGACUAUGACACUGACCAAUGGCUCUGUGUCGGUCAUAAACGGACCAGUGUACACAUACGCAAAGAACUGUGGUCUGGACAUGAUUAGAAAAGAGCCAUCAAACUUGGUUUCACAUGCUCAGCAGAGCUAUCCCAGAUGUUCUCAGGAGCAGGAGCAAAGCUGUUUUCAUUACUGCCGUCUCACUGUUCCAGUUAAGGAGGUGAUGUGCAUUGCAGUGACCGCUAAUGCAGCAGGGGGCAAGUCAAGUCCAGCACUUGUGGCAUUACCCCAAACUGGUGUGCAGCAAGCAGCCAUGUUGGAGGUCAGAGGGAAGUAUCAGGAGCUCAAUGUAUCAUGGUCAGUGCACCCUCCGGUCUCUGACGGUGUAGAGGAAUAUGUGGUGCAGCAUAAACCAGCAGGACUACCUCACACCCCAUGCCUGAACUGGAUCAAGGUUCACAAAACCCAGACGUUUGUUACACUCAGAGGUCAAUUGUCAAACUACACAGCAUACAACAUAUCUCUGUUUGCUAUUAUCAACAACCACAGCCGUCUACUCAAGUCUGCCAUUGGCUACACUGUUGAAGGAGUGCCUCCAAAAGUCACAGCCUUUCAAGCGAUACCUAUCGCUCCGUUUAGUGUAAACUUGAUGUGGACACCUAUUCCACUUAAUGAGAGCCAAGGACAUAUCAAGGAAUACCUAGUGGGUGUCUGUAAUGAUGGAGUUGUGUACAACGUGAGCAGCAAUCGGAGCAGUCACCAGCUCUCUAAUCUGAAGCCUGGUCAUCAGUAUGAAGUUUGGAUCAGCGCUAAGACUAGUGCUGGAGAAGGAGAGAGGGCAAAAACCCGUUUCAAUACAGCUUCCGAUGAUAAUAUUACCAGUGUAGUGGUGCUCAUAGUUAUGUUGGCUUUAAUCAUCCCUCUGGUCUUAAUCAUUUCAAUUGCGUGUUGGUGUUUAAGGACCGAGGUAACCGAAUGGUUCAACAAAAUUCCAGACCCCAUCAACAGCAGUUCGUUUAAACAGAUAAGAAGUCAGGAAAGGAAGAGGAGGUGCAAAGACAGGAAAUUAACAUUUACACGCUGCAGUCAGAAAAUUAAAGGGGAAGAUGUACACAUACAGUCACUUCAGUUCUGGCACUCAUGGCCUGUUCCUUCAGCCUCCAUGGAGCAUGGUCUAACUAUCUCACAGGUGGAGGUAGUUCUUGAGCCAGAAGUUGAUCACGAACCUGAGGAGGAGCAGCCAGAGGAGGACAGAGAACACAGACACAUCAGAGAAAAAGAGUUGCAAGGAUAUGGGGGGUUGCAGCAGAACAAUUCUGUGCUUGGUCAUCAGAAAGAAUAUAGCCAAAUGAUUGACAGCAGUGAUGAGGAGGGCAGAGAAAAUGAAGUUGAUGAGUGGAACGAGCAGCCAUUUCCUUCCGACUACGAGAAACAUUUUUUGCCCUGCUUUGAGACUAGUACCUGACAUAGCUUUUUUGCUGUAAAUUUACAGUGUAUUAUGGAUGCACAUUUGGAAUGUCUUGAAUUUUAAUGCAAUGCAACAUAUUUGCGACAAGCAUCAGGAUUAUUAACAAUCAUCAUGGUGGCAGCUGACUCAGGUAUCAUUAAUGUUCAGCCAUUUAGGUUUUACAGGAUUGAACACAACCUCGUCCAUGUCGAUCGACUGUAUUUAUCGGAAGAAAAUGUGCGUAGAUAUAAGACUUCCCAAUUUUGCACAUGAGUAGCUUUCAAUAUGGUAAUUUAUCAGAAAUAACAACUCGUGGGUAAAACCUCGUGGUUUUACAUCACUUUAUACUGUAGACGCCUGUGAAAAAUCCAGGUAAAAAUAUUGGAAUACAAGGCCUUCAUGAUGCACACUGUUACAAACCAGCAAGAGAAUGUACAAGUGAUGUUUCAGCUUAGAUUCUUCUUUUGCUUUUACUGAGAGAUAUGCAGUGACAGACUGAAUCUUACUUGAAAUUUUUCCACGUGCAAUUUGUGAUUAAAUGUUUUGCAAAAGUCAUGCAGUAAUUUAAUUACUGCAUGACGGUGUCAAAAUUUGUCAUUUUUUAAUUUUUUUAUUAUUAUUUUUUUUUACAAAUGAAGGCAUCUUUUUCUCAAUGCACAAAUAUUUUUAUUUUUCUGAAAAAAUAUUCACAAUUAUACUUGAUAAGCUUAAAUGUAAAUUAAACGAAAGUCAUAAGGAAUUUCCAAUAAAAAUAAUGGGAAUAUGUCGGAGUCUUUCGAAGA